AUGAGAGGACUGGAGAACGAUGAGUCCGAGCUGCUUCUCUCCCACGACUUGGUCAUCUCGGAAACCAUUGAACAGUCAGCAUUCUUUCUUUUUUUUUCCAAAUAAAAUCAAUUUUAGGGGUCCUUUCUCGACGUGUUAUAGAGCUGUAAAUGGGGAACAGAAAAAAGAAAUUUAUAGUGAAGAGUAUAUCUUAUCAAAAAAAUACGAAAGCAGUACGGGUCUAGGUAGGAAAGGUUGGUUUUUUAUUGAAUAUUUACAUUCACUAUAUCACAUAAACAUUAUAAAACAUGGGAGAAAAAGCUUCCUUAAGCCAUUUUUCCCCGUUCUGAAAAAAGCUGAAACAACAUUAUUCACUACUUGGGAAAAUGUGUUUUUGCUUUGGUUUUUAUCUUCGAUCGGAAAGAAAAAAAUAUAACGCGAAGAAAAUUAGAAGUUUUUUUGAGAAUCUGGUUUUGAUUUUAAAAAAACCAUGUUAUAAAGUCGAAGCUGAAACGUUGAAACGAAAUUCAUGAAAGUUUUAAUAUUUUAUCAAAAACCGUGUUUCAAUUGGUCUUCCGAGAAAAAUGUUUAUUUACUUUCAAAUUUGAACUUUAUCAUCUACAUCCUAAUAACUUGUUUUGAGGACCACAAAGCUCAUUUUUUAAGUUGGCUAAUUUUGAUUAUCGUCAAUCCUCCCUAAAAUGCUCAAAUUUUAACUUUUAAUUUGAGAAAAUUUCUACUUCCUCACAAAAGGUUUUUUAGAAGUAGAAGCUGAAGUGAAGCUUUGCCGGUCCCUGCAACAUCCCUACAUUUCUCGGCUGGACCGCGUGGUGAGCAGCGAGAAAUGCGCACAUUUGGUUUUCGAAAACCUCGACGGCAACGACAUCUGCUUCGAAGUCGUGCAACGGGCCAGCAACGGAUUCGUAUAUUCCGAGUUUGUUGUUAGGUAGGCAGUAUUUCCGCUCGGUUUGGAUUGCUUCCGUUGGUUUUUGCUGUUUUUUUUUCCCGUUUCCUUCAUCCUACCACUUUAAAUAGUCGUUGUGCUCUGAACUUCCUUGAAAGCCGGAAAUUUGAGAGAAGGUUACAAAAAUCAGAAAGUAUGGUGAGCGAGGCCGGAAGAGUUAUGAAGAAAAAAAAAACUAGACAGAAGAUCGAAGGGAUCAGCAAAAACAUCGGAAAUUUUCCAAAUCCUAUGAUUGUUAAAAAAGCCGCAAGAAUCAACUAUGAAGCUCACGUACAGCGCUUGAAACUGAAUAAAAACUAGUAAUCAGCACCAGACACAAAGUCAAGUUGGAACAAUUUUUUAACGGCCCCUGUUCUGAGGGCAAACUCGAAGAACUAAAUAAAGAAAGAUCCUCAAAUCAAAUCACUUCUUUUUUUUGAAAAUGCUAAAGUUGGUUUUUUUUUUUUCUUAGGUUCUGCUUUCUUCAGAGUCUUGAGGUCGUUCAAGAAGCAAAAAUACAAGCAAAAUCUUGAGUUUAGAAAAUAUUUCAAACAAUUUCUUCAUCAUUUUUUUAAAAAUCACUCAAUAUGCCAAUAAUGAAAAAAAGUAUGAGAACGAGACUUUCAGCCAUUAUGCACGGCAACUUCUCGAUGCGCUCGACUACAUCCAUUCAAAGCAAAUCGUUCACAGAGACGUCAGGCCGCACAACAUUGUCUUGGCCACGUAACUCAGUCGUUUCUCUCCAGAAUUAUUCUUGAUAACUUGUAGGAAAGACAAUUCAGCUGCCUUAAAACUUUGCGGCUUCGGUGUAGCUGUGGAUUUGACGUCGCCUCAUGGCCAUUCGAUCAGCGGUAGGUUUUGACUACUUUUCAUCUUUACGAAGCAUAAUAAUUCAAAUUUCAAUUUCUUCAAAUUUCAAUUUUUUUCAAAUUUGAAGUCAAAACUCAUAGUUAUUAUGGCUUGGAAAGAAAUAAAAAUCUUUUUUUAUGAAAGCAUCAGAAAAACCGAAGAUUUUUCGAAUUUUUUUAUGAAAAAAAUCACUUUAUUAUCCAUGAGUAUUUUGUAUUUUUUUAAAUGGAGCUUAUACAGAAAUAAUAAGAUAGAUACUCGUUAGGAUUCCUCAGCUACAAAGUUUUCGUACACGAUUUGAGAGCAAGCUUAUUGAAAGGGGAGGAUUUUUGCUUACCAGGCCGAGUGGGAGUGCCGCAGUUCAUGUCGCCGGAGAUGGUGAGCCGAGAAACCAUCGGCACCGAGAGCGACAUGUGGGCGGCUGGCGUCGUGCUUUUCCUGUUGCUUUCCGGCCGUCCACCGUUCAGUGGAUCGACAGUCGAACUAUACGAAAAAAUAGCUGCUGGCAGAUGCGACGUCCGCAACAUCCUAAUGCCGUUUCCAGUUCAUUCAUGUGUUUUUUCAGCUUGAGGGGAGCCUUCUCCAUGUAACGGAAAACGGCAGAGAUUUGGUCCGACGUCUUCUGUGUGUCAAUCCCAGGCAACGUCUAACAGCCAAGGAGGUGAGAUAUGCUUCAUUACAGUUUCCGCCUCUGUUUAGACAAUGAUUCUUUGAAAACGAAAUUUUUUCGGAAUUUUAAAUCAGCAUGCGGGAAAAAUACGAACAGACGACAAAAAAUCAGAUUUUUAUAGAUGUUUAUGAGCCGACAAACUUUGAAAAUACAAGCAUUCAUGAACUUGAAUAUUUUUCGAGAAAAUCGUACUUUAAGUUAUUUUCGAAAAAAGCUCCAAAAAUCUUAGUAGAAAAAGGAAGGACAUCCGUGAAAAUAAUAUCCAUUUCCUUCUGCAUAACUUCACCGGAAACGUAUCGAAUUUCACUAACUUUACUGAUAAACAACUCUUAAGAAAAACUCUUUUUAAUUUUUUUAUUUUCCUCACCAAAAACCAGAAUGAAGAGGUCGGCCAUCAAACCAAAGAACGAGAAAGAACAGAUAAUUUAGGCUUUGCAACACGAGUGGAUCCGUGACAAGGAACAUUUGGCACGACGUCGACACAUGAGUGAGGCCAUCGAAAACAUGCGUCGUUACAAUGAAUCAAGGAAGCUCAAGGUUUGCUCCACCGCACAGAAGAUUCUGACCGAAACGAUGCGAUGUCCCCAGAGACCAAUUUCAUUUCGUCACAAAGUACACUCUCACGGUUUUCAUUAAUAAAAAAAAUUUUGGAAAGCUAUCCAGUCAGGAAUUUCUCGAACUUUGACCAUAACGCGCUGUAUCAGAAAAACAUUCUGAAAAACUCAUCCUGUGAAACUUUCUAGUUCUUCAGAAAAAAAGACCCUCGAAACGCGUAAAAUAUACCUUUUUCGUUAUUUUGAGUCUUUAUUUCUUGUAAACUAGAAGACUUCCUGGGUCUUUUUCUAAUAAUCUAUUCAUCUUCUGGUCAAUUUUCAAGACAUUUCUAACUGCAAUGUAAAAUGAUAGUCUUUGUGAGAACUUCUACCUCGUUUUUCUUUUGGGAAGUAAAUUUUGAAGAGACAGAGUUUCUGUGAAAAUUCUGACGAAUUCCCAGUACACAGUUUUCUAUGGAGCUUCCAAAUUAACUUUUGCGAAGAAACCUGGAAAUUUUUUUCAUUUUUCUAAUCAAUCAGAAAAUUAAAUUUUUCCUUUUUAAAAAGUGUCAUGUUUAUUUGAGUACACAAAAAUUUGCAAAACGAUGAUUAUUCAAAUAUCUCAUUCAUGAGAAAAAAACUUGGUUAAUUGUCUAAGAAAAUUAUUUGGGCAAGAAAGUUAUUUGCUAUUCAAACACAAGACCAAAAAGGCUUUUUGAAGCAAUGUGUCAAAAAAAUAAAAAAAUACUUCAAUCACUUCGGAAAGCUUUUUGAAGUGUUUGCAGCAACUGAUUCUGAAAUUUUCUAAAACAGACAAAAACUUGAAUAAAAAAAGGUUUCGUUUCAUUUUUGUUCCCAACAAAAAAUCUUCAAGAUUUAAUCAAGCCUUAAGAACUUGAAGAAAUGGGCUCGCGAACAUUUCCUCCAUCCAUUCGAAAAGUUCAGAGCCCAUAUCUCAAAAAGAUCUAAGCCACAUCCCAAGAAGAGCUCCAAAUCGAUGCGUUGACACCUAAAAAGAAUUUAUUCAUUUCGCGGCUUGCUUGGUUUUUUUCGUUUCUUUCAACGGCGUUCUCUUCAGCCGGCCUUUGCCGUUCGAUUAACCGUUUUGUUCAAUUUAAGAGUUCGGUUCUCUCGGCGGUGAGCAGUUUGAAGCUGGGCCGUUCCGCGCCGUGUUAUUUUGGCGGAUCGUUAGGUAAAGAAAACAAACGAGGACUGGCGUCAAGUUGCAAAUCACAGGAGGAGACUACUGCCAGCGCGACGGCUGCACCUCUGGACAAGACGAACAAUUGCCGGCCGACCUCAAAGGCGCCUACAACGUUGGUUUUUCUUCCAAACUUUCUCGUUUCUGACAGUUUGCGGUUGAUUGAGAGACGUUUGUUGGUUGCCAUGUGACCGCGCUUGAGUUGUUCUCAGAAUUUUUGGGUUCUGAGAAAUCCUUUGGGGUACUAGAAAUGAGCAGAGUUCGGCCUCGAUCUUGAAAGCUGUCUUAAAUGUUUCCUUUCGAGCUAUUACACCUUUCAGUUUUAAUGUAAAUUAGAAAACAAAUUCAUUGCUCAAAUCCUGAUGAAAAAAACUAAGAAAUAUUUUUUUGAUAACGUGACGAAAAUUCCUCGAAGCAAGAAAGUAAAAAAAAGGAAAAUGAUGAAUCUUUCAUGCAUAUGAAGAUAGCCUUUUUUUUCUCAAAAAAACUCCUGGAAAAAAAGGAUGAUAAAUAAUUAGACACGCUUCCCACGGCCUGAGCCAUUUUUAAUAACUUAUAUAAGGCAGUGAAAAAUGAAAAAAAUUUCAUAUUUUUCCGGCACGGCGCUUUUUUUCCGUUUUUUUCUCGUUAGUUUUACAGUUUUUUUAUGAUAGUUAUUCAGUAACAUCAAAAAAAUUGAUUCAAGUUCAUUCAUUAAGGUCUUUGAUAUAAAAAAACUUGAUUUUUUUCAAGUUUUCUUUUUCUUGAAAAACGCCUUUUUAAUUUUUUUUGAUAGCACUCUGUGUACGAUUUUCUUACUGUAUAUACAUCUAAUAAAUAUUUAACUUGCGAAAAUUUUUCAGAAAAAACACCUUGAAAUUAUUUUUUAGUCAUCGCAAAAGAGAAACUGGAGUUAAUGAAAUUUGAGACAUUUCGACUUUUCACCGGGUACGUCGAUGAGUAUUUUUUUAAAUUCUGCUGAAAUAAUGAAAAUAGGUUUUGUGUAAGGUGUAAUUUUCCGAGCUUUCGGAAGUCAAAACUCUCAAAAGUUUUUUUCACCCGUCAGGUGUCAAAGAUUUUCACUUCAAAACUUUUUUCGAACAACCAUGUGGCAACAAAGUUGAUCAAUGACCCUCAGAAGUGUGUCAGAAACCUCGAGGUAAUGUAAUUCCUAGUUGCGGAGAUAAAAACGCGAGAAAGAAUGAAGAAAGUGUGGCAGUCGGCGGCCGGUGUGAUUGAUCGAGCCGUGAUUAAUGAUGGCAAAGCUUUUAGGUGCUCGCCUCGCUCGACGCCAUCAACUGUCUGCUGGACGGCGGCGCGUACAAAUCCGACGACAUGAAUUGCCAGCAACUCAUGGACGACGAAAAUCUCCGAAUUCUAUUACGGGUGAGCAAAAGAAGAGCAGGAGAGAAGGGAAGAGCAAAGUUAGUCGCUCGCAAUCUUGCGGCCUUCCCGAUUUAGUUACGGCUGGAGGAGGUCUGCGCAACUUGAAUGGCCUUCUAAUAGAGAGCUGAAGAUAAUUUCAUUUCAUUUCUUUUGCUCCUUCUGAUUGAUUUUUGAAUAACCAAGAAUUACGCUAGAACAUCAAAAUCUGUUUAUUUCUUGGGAGAAUGGAGAUCUGAAGAAUCUGAGAAAAAAAUGAUCUAUAUUUCUGGAAAACUUUUUUCCAUUAAAAUCAGGACUAAGUUCCGUUGGGAGUUAUCAACUGCUAUCUUUUGAACAUUUUUUCGGUUAUUAGAAAAUCAGUUUUUUUACUUUUACAUUAUUGAUUAAUUUAUGAUCAGAAUUCUUCGAUUAGUUCCUAGAAGCAUAAGAAAUGUGUUUGAUAGACGAUGGCAUGGAGCAUGAUUUUUUGAAAGUCAUGCUCGAAAAAAGUUAGGUCUUCAUCUUUGGGUUUUUACAAUAUUCAAAAAUUAAACUCUUUUAAGUUCAAACGAUUUCUAAAAGAACUGUAUUCUUUUAUUGAGAUAGGGAAGUGUGAAAAGUAUGGAGUGUCAUCGGGGAGACUCAGACUUUGGAUUGACUGACUGACCUACUCCUUGACUGACGGACAGACAAGUUGACCCUCUGCCCUCCUUCAAGCCACUUAACGACCCGCCUUCCGUCGUAAAACUUAGCCUUUCGAUAAAAGCAGCGUCUUCAUCUUCCUGUCUUCCGCUCCGCCUUUCGGCUUCUGGCUGAUCGACGCCGACUAUCAGAAGACUGACCUGACUUCUGACCUCCGGCCAAUUAACGGACCGCUCCAAACUCAUGAAACAUAUCCUUACUCAAGGGGCUGGUCUAAGUGCAAAGAGGCGGCGCUAGGCGCUGAUCGAUUGGCAGUGUGGCUGCAUGUCGACGGACGUCGCUGCCGUGAAGCUGUCUCAGCAGGUGAGUGGGUGGAGCAAAUGCGCAUCUUAAGUGUGGUUCUCGAGAGCCGCAGGUAUCCUGUCUAGAUACACACACAUGCGGUAUUCGCAUGGAUUCGACAUUGUUUCACAACUCGUUACUUGCUAUACUCAUCGGCUCGUUCUUGAUAUUCUUUGUUUGCGUGCUGUGCAUCGGCGCAUUGAGUGAUCGCGGCCUCUGCUGCCACGACAGCUCGUUCCUCACUCAGAUCGGCGGCGGUGGCGGCGAUGCCAGCCCGCGCAGAUGCCAGUGUAAUGGCAAGCAAGUGGAGCGCGAGCAACCCCUUGAAUCUGACCAGCAGCCGUUCAACACUGGUACCAUUUGCUGCUCAUUUGAACCCCUCUUCCGGCUGCUUAAGUGCCAAUUUGCGGUGUAAAUCUGUGCACUUCACGCUUGUCGGAAGUGCUUUGGGUCGUGAAUUGACACUUCAUAGACAACGUUUUUUUUUUGGAUGGAAGACAGAGUUGAACUUGAUUUAUGAGUUUUUGAAUUUUUGAUUAUGUCAUGUCUGAAGUUAGAGGAAGACAUAUCUAUUCACGGUUUUUUCCAGAUCGAAUGAUGUUCAAAUUAAUUUCUGAAUUUGAGACAAAAUUAUCAAGAAUCAGUCUCAAACCUACAUAUCAAUAUUAUUAUGCUUUUGUGUAGAUUUUAUUAAAUUUAGUUUUUCAAGAAGUAGCACAAAAAAAUGAAGUAGCAUUCCAAAAUGUUCACAGAGUAUCUAAAUAUUAGUGCAACCUUUGAAAAAAAUGCAUUCAGCGCCUUUCAAAAAUUACAGUGAAGAAAGGUUUUUUUAAUGAUUCUCAGAAAUACCUCAAAAAAAUGAUAUCAGUAUUAUGGGCGGUCCACCAGUUAUUAGGGUCAUUAAAAAAAUUUUUUCAGAAAUUCAAAUUAUAAAUUUUUUUUUCUGUUGUUAUUUUAAAUAAGAAUCUUUUUAUUCAGAAACGAAUAAUGAAUCUGAGAACAGUAUAGAAUCGAAAACAAACGUUUACAGUGUUUAUGUUGCCGAAUAGAGAUUUUCAACGUUUUUUUGUGAAAGCGAAAUUUUUCGGAAAUAAACCAUUUGAAAAAUGUACUUUAAGGAAUAUCCGUGAGAAUCGACUCAAAACUGGAUUGAUUUAUUUUCAUUUUCAGCUGUAUGACAAGAUCUGCGCGCUUCCCUGCGAGCCGGUGCACACGGAGUUCGAAGCUUCGGCUCUUCGGAAAGAGGUGAGCUGUCCAAGCAUUUUGCGCUCUCCUUUUUAGGUUUGAUGUGUUAGCGCCGUCAUCCAGCGAAUCUCCAGGGAAUCGCUCCUCACUUCCCCUAUUUCCUUCAUUAAACCGCCUCCUCAGCUCCACAAAAAUCCACUUCGAGCUCCUAGUCCCACUCGGACUAAUUAGUUCGAAAAGAAUGUUUGGUUAGCUUCGGCUAGUGAGCAUUAGAUGUUCAAAGCCAAUCUCUAGGGAGCAAUGCCGGUUUUCUCGAAAAUGAUGGGGUUGAAAUUUUGAGUGUUGAGAGGAGACGUUGGAAAAAGAAGAAACACUGAGUUUUUCAAGUAAUUUUUCACCAAAAAGAAUUUUUAUUACUUCAGAGUGUGCAAUCGAUCAACAGCCUGUUGAUACCCAGUCUGGAAGCUCAAGAACUGCGACAACUUCUUGAUUCUGCUCAUUUAACGGUAAAAAAAUUUAUAAAUUUUUAGAUAUCUCAAAAAUUUUGAAAUACAGGAGGUUUCGAAAAAUACCUGAAAAAAAUGAAACUUUCAAAGUUGAUUGUGACCAAUAAUUAUCGCUGAUGCUGAAAAAAAUAAGAUAUUCAUUUGAAGAAUUGAGAAUUUAUUAAUAUUUCCCCAAAGUUCUCACAACGAACUUCAUAAAACUUUUCGUCGUUUUGAAGAGUUUUAAUCUCUCAGAGCUGCGUUCAAGCGCUUGACGUCGUCGUCUGCGAAGUUCACGACGGCCAACGCAACGAUUUGCCAUCGUCUUCCUCGGAAAACGCGGGCCAAGUGGGUUUUUUUUGUCUUAGAAAAAAUGACAUCUUUACAACGUCAAAUAACCAUGAGAAAACAGCUGAAAUCUUGAAGACAUUUCUCGCGUUGGGUAAACAGCAGAAAACGCUAAAAACUUCUUUAUUUGCUCAAGAAAAAAGAAACGGUCAGGAGCUUCGGUAUAUAAAGAUGGAUAUGCAGUAGAGUUGAUUUUAGUUAUCUUAUUCUCUCUAGGACUGCUCUGAUAAAAAGUACAAUUUAUUUUUUCUCAAUUAACCGUUAAGUUUUACCCUAAUUAAAAAAAUGUUUGGAGAGGAUUAAACAAAACUUUUUUUUCACCAAGUUUCACUCGCCUCCAAAAAAAACCUGAGAAAGAGUAAGCGCACUGAAAAAAGUUAUGAAGUGAGCAGCGAAGGAAUACGAGUCCAAAUUCGUCGAAAUUGCAGUGUUAUCCGGGAGAAGGAGCGCCGUACCUAAACGGCGGAGUUCUGCCGUUGGGCUCACUCCGAGCAGGAACUUCUUUCGAGCCCUACUCCAACACAAUCAACGCCUGUUCGUUCCUUUUUCAGUUAUAUAAACAAGAGCCAAAAAGAUUCAGCUCAAAAAUUCUGAGCGAAAAAAAUGUUUCCAGUUUUUUAAUUUUAACAUCAAGUUUUUUUCAUUAUUUUUUUCUUUUCUUCCUUUAGGAAUUUUUCAAUCUCUUUCACAUAAUAUGAUUUUAUUUGAACAUCUUUUUGAUUACUUUUUUUGAAUGCCCUCGUCAUUAGACGAAAAAAAUGUUUAUUCAAAGCUUUUUCUCUUAUUUUUCAAUCAAAGUUUAUUAGGAGUUCUUAGAUCGGAGAGUUUCGUAUUUUUUUGCUAAAGAAUUUGUAGCUCUGAAAUAAAAAACACCAAAAAAAGUCGAGCAAUGUAAAAAAAUGUUUAUAAAAAAAUCUAAAAUCUUUUUCCAAAAAUUUCGCGACUUUAAAGAGCUCAUUUGUGAAAAUUAUGAAAUCACGAAUAUUUUGGAAUUGAACCGUUUAUGAAUUUCUCGCCAAGUAAAUAGUUCCUUUUUUAUCCGGUGAUUUUCAGCUGGCGACGACGACGACGACUUGUACGAUUGCAUGUCGCGUCUUCGGCUUGUCCAGUUCCAGAAGGACACCCAAGAACCCAUGGGAAUCACUCUCAAGGUAUUGUUUUUCCAUCCUUUCAUUUCCUUUUCUGCCUGAAAUGCGAUGCAUUCUUUUAAACCAAGCCAAAUCUAUUGGAAUAAACCCAAAACACUUGAAAAUAACACUGGAGUUCUCUAGACUGGAUGAGCUCUUCUCACGGCUAUCUAAUUUCUUGAAAACCAUUUCCAAAAAAGUCAAUUCGUGAAGUGAAAAAUAAAAUAAUCAUGUAAACGACUGGCAGAAUAAAAUAUAAUUUUCAGGUGAAUGAAGAAGGAAGGUGUUUUGUGGCCCGAAUAAUGCAUGGCGGAAUGAUACAUCGACAAGGUAAUUGAAAAAAAUCUGGAACAUUGAAAGUUGAAAAAAAUAAUUCGAAUAAGUUUGUUUAAUUCUAAUCAGCAACUUUACACGUUGGCGACGAAAUCAGAGAGAUAAACGGGAUGAGUGUGGCCCACCGAAGCGUCGAAUCACUUCAGGAAAUGCUUCGCGAUGCGCGUGGACAGGUUAUCAAUUUCAAAUUAUCAUUUAAGUUUGGUUUCCUUUGUUUCAGUGAGAUAAAUAUUGUUUUUUUUCCUUGUGUAGAAGCAAACUGUUUCAUUUGUGAAAGAUUGAAAUAAAAAAACAAAAACCGUAAAAAGAAUAAAAGUUUUUUUGUUGUGAUCACCUGAUCACUUUUUUUAUUUCAGGUCACGUUCAAAAAUAAUCCCUUCUUAUCGGUCGGCGCCACCGGCUUGCGAGAUUUUCGUGCGAGCUCAGUUCGACUACGAACCUUCACAGGACGAUCUGAUUCCUUGUCCUCAGGCGGGAGUUCCAUUCAAAACGGGCGAUAUUCUUCAGGUGAGAGGGUUUUCUGACUAAGUUUGACUUUUGCUUUGUAAUCUGCUUUUUUUCAUAAUAUCAAAUUAUCAAAAAUAAUUUUUCAAAAAAAUGUCUUUGUGAGGGCCAAAAAAAUGUAAAAAAAGAUAACAAAAAAAAGGAUAGAUAAACUAGAAAAAAACUAAAAAAAUUCGCGGUUAUUUUUUUAUAGAAAUGGUUACUUUUUUUCAAUUUUUCAAAGUGAUGUCAAUGUUUGCAAUGUAUCCCAUUUUCACUUUUUUGGCAAGUAAGAGAAACUUUAAAUCAGGAAAAGCUCCAUCUGAAAAGAUCCUUAAAGAUCAAAAAAAAAUUCAACUUGGAAUAUUCAUACCUCAUGAUUUACUUGGGGGACUUUUUAAUUUUUGUUUUUCAAAUAAUCAACCCAGAUGCGACAUGAGCAGACCAAAAAAAUAACAUUUUCGACGACUCCUAAAAAAGAAGACACGGUUUUGUGGCAAACGAAGUAAGAAAAGGGUUUCAGGUGAUCUCAAAAGACGAUCACAAUUGGUGGCAAGCGCGGUUCAUCUCCUCGUUCCCAUCCAUCGGGUCAAGUGCUUCGAGUAAGUCGUUGUCUGGUGUCGAAAGCCUUUGACUUUUCCAGACUUGCGCCAGAAUCAGCAAAUCGCCGGCCUCAUCCCCUCCCCAGAGCUUCAGGAAUGGCGGACGGCGUGUCUGGCGAUGGAGCGCGCCAAGAACUCUUGUGCGUCGUGUUUAUUUCUUGCACCCCACAUGCCAACUCGAUUUGCAAGUCGACAGAAUAUGAAUAAGACGUUUCAGCGCACUGCAUGUGGUUCAACAAGAAGAAGAAAUACUACACCACCAAGUACUUGCAGAAACAUUCCGCUUUGUUCGACCAACUCGAUUUGGUGACUUAUGAAGAGGUGAGGGACUUUCCGGAGAAAACGAAGUGUCAUAAAGUUGAGGCGAUAAUCUCAUGUUGUCCGGAAAAAUGAUAGAAAAUGGAACCUCCAAAGUUUCCAAAAAAAAGUUUCUCAAAGAGACUCGAUCUCUUGUUUUUUGUUGCUAGAACUCAUUUUUGAUCGUUCAAAUUUGAGUGAAAACGAUCCUUAUUCACUCUCCCGAUCAAGCUAAUAAAGAUUUUCUUCUUUCAAAAUUAGAAGCACAGAAACUCGAAAAAUAUGAGCAACGUGUAUGUGAAAGACACUUUUUGAUGUUUUUGAAAGGUUUCUUUUUCUCGCAUGAGCUACUGUUCUACGGUCUUAAAUCUUCGCUUCAUUUGUCAAUGGGGUUUUAAAUCUUUCCCUUUUCGAAUUCUCGGUAACAAAAGUGGAGUAAGAGGAAAAAAGCUAGUCGAAUUUUAUGCUGGAAACUCGUUUUUUGGUUGAGUUUGGAACACGAAAUACAGUUCCAUCAGAAAGGAUACGACAAAGGCCACAACUUUUUUGUAAAAAGUUCAAUCUUACUGAAUUUUUCUGGAGUUUCGAUGACUGUUAUCUUCCCCGCUUCGAUAAAGUUCCAGUUCACAGAAAAUACCAGGAAGAUUUUUUCGCGUUUUUUUGGUAUCUUUUCUGACGAUACUGUAUGUAUUUCUUACAUUCAUGGUAUAAUUUCAUUUGAAGGUGAUGCGACUAUCCCAGUACCGACGGAAAACGCUAGUUCUUCUCGGCGCCCAUGGCGUUGGACGACGGCAUAUCAAAAACACUUUGAUUCACAGACAUCCGACCAGAUUCGCCUAUCCGAUUCCUCGUGAGCCUUCAAAACUGCUUGAUUAUGAUACCAGCUGCAGAAAAUUAAUUUUGAUUUUUUGAUGCCACGAGAUUUGCCAUAUUUUUGAGGAAAUAUUCAGUUUUUGCUAGACUGUUUAGACAUAUCGUCCGUUAUUACGGUCUCAAUAUAAACUCACAAAAAUCAAUUGACGCUUAUCCAGUAAAUUGAAUCACGGAAUUUCGCCGAUGAAAGUCACUCAAAGCUACAACUAUUAAAUUUUUCCCCAUUUUUCGGAUGAAAAAAAACUAUCAGAAAGUCUUGAAUCCCAGGCUUUCCAUAAAUGUUUGUUUCCAUUAGCCAACUGGAAAUAAAUAUGAAAAUAUUUUCAGACACGACAAGGCCUCCACGAAAAGAUGAAAUUGAUGGAAAACACUAUCAUUUUGUGUCCAACGACCAAAUGAUGACAGACAUCCAGAACAACGAGUACUUGGAGUAUGGAACGCAUGAAGACAGUCAGUCCGUUUCGUCAAUAUUUGAGUUUCCUUAUUCUUUCCAGGCAUGUAUGGAACGAAGCUUGAAACCAUCCGCAAUAUCCAUAAAAGUGGGAAAAUCGCAAUUCUUGACGUUGAACCGCAAGCUUUGAAGGUGGGUUCUUUUCAAAACUUCUUUUUUCCAUUUUAUUUGCAAAGGGAAAUGAUCAAAUGUUGCGUUUUAGGUUUUACGAACAGCUGAGUACUCACCUUUUGUCGUAUUCAUUGCUGCUCCCAACCUUCAAGGACUACAAGAUGUUGGUUUUUUUAAACUUUGAAAUUGAAUUUUUCGAACUUUUGAAGUUCGAACUUAAUCAGAGACAAAUGGAGUUGUUAAUUUUUUUCCAAUAAUUGAGUGGAGAGAUAAUUUGUGGAGAUUACUUAUAAGGAGCGGUUUUUUUCGCCUUAAGCAAGGUAAAAAGCAAGCUGCUUUAUUCAAAAAAAUAGGAAAAUAUUAGUAAAAAAACAUGAAGACCAAAGUUACUGGUACUAAACUUUGAACCUACUAUCUAAGAUAGAAAACUUUCGGAGCCUUGAAAGUUCGGUGAAAUGGAUGAUCCCGAAUUCAACAAUUUUUCAGGUUUUGAUGGAUGGAAUAAUAGAAAAUAGACCAUCUCAGUUUAGAAUUUUUCUAAGUCGAAGCCAUUGCAACCUCUUAUAUACGAAUUUUGAAAUCGGAAAGUAUGACUAUUUUUGGCUUUCAACCUACACAAGAGAAUUCUUCUACAAACCUUGUAGUCAUGGAUUUCAGCCGGAUGGUUCUCUGGAGCGACUUCUGCGUGAGUCGGACAUUCUGAGGCAAGCCUUCGGUCACUUGUUCGACUACAUCCUCGUGAACAACGACAUUGACGACACCAUCGUCCAGCUCGAGCGACUCGUCGAAAAACUUCCAGCGAGUCCUCAAUGGCUUCCGGUUUCUUGGGUUUAUUGA